AUGUCAAUCAUGGAUUCACAUCCACAUCCCAGCCUCGCGCGCGGUAACGCCGCGCCUGGAUCCAACCUCUUCGACCAUGAAGCCAACAACAAACCAGUGAUCGUUAAUGCUUCGGCGGCAUCGUCAAGCGCUGAGAAUGCUAGUCAAUCGCCUUCGGCAUCGCAUUCGCAUCAACACCACCACCAACAUCCUAAUCAUCCUCACCAUCAGUUUGUAGAUCCAUCACCAGUUUAUCAUCAUCCAUUCAGGACCAUCACUCCGAACUCAGCCGAAAGUAAUAAUAAAAUAUUGGAUCCUCAACCUCAAUCGAAAUCCACCACUCCCACCAACCAGCAGCAAACCCAAUCGAGGCCAAACUCGGGCUCAACCUCCGAGUGGUCUGCGUCCGGCAUUACUCUGCCCCCGGGUUCUCACCCUGCACCAGGCCGCCGACCGUUCAGUACAAGCGCGAACCUCGAAGGCUCGGCCCCUAGGGACCCGCCACCGCCCUCCAGUGGUGCCGGUACAGGCUACCCUUCUCCGACGGCGACGUCCACUUCUCGCCGGAGCAGCUCCAAUGCUAAUGCUAAUCCAAGUCCAAAUCAGACCGACUUGAUCACUUCGGCUCUUACUACCACCGCACCAUCUGCGGCCCCUGCGUACUAUCAAACUCAUCCAGGACAAGAUCCCGCCAGUCUGGCCGUGAUCGCUGCCAUCGACUGCACCGGCUUGGACGUUCGUCCCAUGUACGCAAGUGAAGAUUCGCGACAAACCCCAGGUCAACAUCAAAAUCAAUCUCGCAACGAGAGCCAUACCCCAAGUCACACAAGAGUCCCGAGCUCUGAAGAAAUGAGAGGGCCGUAUUACGCGCCGGCUACAGGUACCCAUUAUAGUCCACCCAGCUCGGGAAUACUCCCCAGUCAUUAUCCCCACCUCGCCUCACCAAUUACGCCGCAAACAGGGCCACGCCGACCGGCAAGUUCCGUGACUUCCGCUAGUAGCUACAGCCCUUACUCCAACCUUUCAGUACAGGUGCCGCUGGGUUCCAACUAUGGACAUCAUCAACACGCUCAACACUCAGAUGGACCUGUUCUGCCGGGUUGGACCCCGUCCGUUGACUCCGUCAGAGAUUCGGUUAACCCUUACGCUCGACCUGGUCGCCAACCUUCCGGACCUCUCACUGGUCAUCAUGCUCCCUCAUCAACACCUUUCGCGCAUUCUAUAAGGAACGGUCAGUUGAUGAGUUCACCACAUUAUCCGAGUAACACCAAUGCUGCACACCACCAUCAACCGGGUACUAUGCAAUACAAUGCACAAGGAAGACCUUUGGCUUACAUGUGUAAUACUUGCCUAAGAGCGUUUGACCGUCCGAGUGCCCUCCAGAUUCAUGAAAGAAGCCAUACGGGUGAAAGACCAUUUCCUUGUCCUUGGAACGGUUGUGUGAAACGUUUCACUACUCAUGGCAAUAUGGUCAAACAUAGUCGGGUCUGCCCAUUCAGAGAACCUGAAGAUUGA